AUGAGAAAAACCCAUUUGCUAAAACUGAUACUUGCAGUAUCUCUACCAACGACAUUCUUGAUCGGAAUCGCCAUCAUCGUAAUCUUCAUCUUCUGCAGAAGAGGAGGCACAACAACAGAGACAAGUGAAUCCCAAAACGACGUCGAAUCUCCUUCUAAAGAGAAACAAGAAUUUUCCGACAACGGAUCCGAAACAGAGGAGGAGCUUGUCAUUUUCGACGGCGGAGAAGAUCUCACGAUCUGCGACAUCCUCGAAGCUCCCGGAGAAGUAAUCGGAAAAUCAAGCUACGGAACAUUAUACAAAGCGUCGUUGCAGCGAAGCGGGAAAGUUCGGGUUCUUAGAUUCCUUCGACCUCUGUGUGCAGUCUCAUCGGAUUCGAAAGAGUUUGAUGGCGUCAUCGAGUCGCUUGGAUUCGUCCGACACGAUAAUUUGGUUCCUCUGUUAGGGUUCUAUGUCGGGAACAGAGGAGAGAAGCUUAUGGUCCAUCCCUUCUUCAGUUCCGGGAAUCUUUCCGAUUUCAUCAGAAGUGGAGAUGUUGAAUCACACAAAUGGAGUAACAUUUUGAGCAUCACCAUUGGAAUAGCCAAAGCUCUUGAUCAUCUCCAUACAGGAAUGCAGAAACCAAUCCUUCACGGGAAUCUGAAGUCGAAAAACGUUCUUUUAGACCCCAGUUUUAGGCCAAGAGUCUCUGAUUUCGGCUUGCAUUUGCUCUUGAACCUCGCGGCUGGGCAAGAGAUCCUAGAAGCUUCAGCUGCAGAGGGGUACAAAGCACCUGAGCUGAUAAAGAUGAAGGAAGUAAGCAGAGAGAGCGAUGUGUACAGUUUCGGUGUGAUCAUGCUUGAGCUAGUCUCUGGUAAAGAGCCGCCGAUGAACAAAAACAAAAGGGGUUACGUUCCUGAUCAUAACAAGUUGUCGGAUUUGUACCGUCCUGAGAUUCUUGGGAGUGGCGUGACCGAAGAACGUGUCCACGAAUACAUUCAGCUUGCAAUGUCUUGUUGCUCUACAUCACCUUCUCUAAGGCCAAGCUUCAAGCAAGUAUUAAGGAAACUUGAGAUCAGGAAAUGA